UAUUCCUUUGCGUUGGGAAUGGUUGCUAUUGCGGCUUUUGUUUUAUGAUGGUAGAAUCAAAAUCUUUGAUCAUGGAUUAAAAACUAAAGUAUCUAACUCGUAGAUUUCAAAUUGUUUUUUUGCAACUUCUCAACAGCAGAGCAAAAGAUCACCAUGACCUGACGAUGCUCAAUGCCGGUAAAGCAUAAGUUUACACGUUGACAUAAUCUACGGAUAAAAGGAUACAGAAAAACUCCGCAAGUGCAGUUCACGAAUGGAUUCGAAAGUGAAAGCGUUUCGUGCCGGAGAUAUUAUUGUGGAAUGUGAACCCUGGGUGUGGGCAUUUCACUGGGGCACGGAAGACAAGUUUUGUGCAAAUUGUUUUCAAAUCUCCGAUAAUUUGCGCGCUUGCGCAAAGUGCCAGGUACAUCGGUAUUGUGGAGCGGAUUGCCAGCGCAGGGACUGGAAGAAGGAACACAGGCUAGAAUGCGCUAUGCUGAAACGUAUCAGCGUCUACAAACAGCAAAUGCAAACUGAAUCGCUGCUCGAAGCUUUGUGCAUCGCGGAAAUGAUGAUAUUACUCAAAGUCCUCAACAAACAUGAAUUUUCCGCGGACAGUGUCAUGAAGAACUUGAGGAACAUUCUUGCUAAUGCGCCAGCUUCCCACAGAAUUCCCAUACAGGCGACUUCUUCCGAGCUCCAGUCACCGGAGACCGCCGGUUCGAACGAGAAAGAAGCUGUAGCGCGAGAGAUUAUCUCCUUACUUGUAUCUGACAACGAUGGUCAUCUUCCGCAUUCGAGCCUGUCCCAAAUGGCGGCUGAAUUUCAGAAGCUUAGGCAGAAGCCAUACUUCCGUGGGUUAAUGGAGGCGGCGUUUCCCGGUAGACCAGACAUUAUCGAUAAACCUUUAUUCGAUUUGGAUAUUGCCGACAUCCACAAUCGAGUUCACUGUCGUAUGCUGACGAUGACCGACAGUUUAUCUCUGUCUUUCCCAGUCCAUUUUGGAGCAGGCCUGUUUCCCGGCGUCGAAAGAAACCGCAUCAUUUCGAAAUGUUCGGAUAAUAAUGCUGUUAUUAAGAUUCUUGGGAAGCGUUUGCGUAUGGUUGCAAUGGAGGAUAUUCCCAAGUAUUCUGGAUUGCAAGAUGUCAGAUGCUGCAACAUGGCUCACUUUCCAUUGAGCUGGCCUUUAAAGCAGCGCCGAGAAGUGUUCCAGCAGGCUUACGAAACAAUAUGCAACUGUCGGAAAUGCACGCCAGAAUUUGUACGUCAGGGUCGAGAUCGUUGGCUUUCUCCUACGACGCGCGACGACCGACUUAUCACGCGUCGAUUUAUCGACUUAUCACGCGUCGAUUUAUUCUUUUACCCGUCGUUGCAGGAAGCGGAGAUUAAUCCUCUCCGCUGUGUGACAAAAAAUUGCUCAGAACGCAUACCCAGCGACAAACGCGCCACACUGCGUUGUCAACGUUGUGGAGCCUGCAAUGGGUCCAGACUGCAAAAGUUGCAGAAGAUCACGAAGAAGUACGAAAAAUUGUUGGAUACGCUAGCUCUCAAUCAGCAACCCGAUCCCGAUAGCAACGAAAUGAUGUCUGAACGAAUUAAUUUUUUGCAAGACUUGGAUAAAGCUAGCAUUUUACAUACCGACGCUCAUCUUCGCUUUGUCCUGGGAUGGGAUGUGGCUAGGAAAAUUUACCCUGAAUAUCACCCGCAUUUGGCACUAUAUCUCCGUCAAGCUGGACUUUUCGCGGCGUUGUGGUUUGGACACCCGCUAUCAGAUGCCAAGUAUUUUGCGGUGCCGCUGAUUAAAAAGGCUAUGUCAGAGGGAAUUAACUGGCUAGCGGAAUCCUACAGGAUUUAUGUGAAACUGUGUGGAGAAAACUCUCACUUGGUCAGUGAACUAGAAGUAACAUUCGAAGCCGCAGCUGAAAUGUAUCGUCAGCUGCUCAGGAAGGAGGAGCAGGACGAGCACUCAAAAUUGUUGCGCGUGUUGCAGGAUAUGAGCUAUCACAAUAUGAUGGUAAUGUCGGGCAGUGAAAAUACAGUAACAGAUUCUGAGCCACGCACAUACUCGUACUUGCGGACUUUGGUAUUACUUUUUGUUUUGGCACUCAUUUGGUUUUACGUUUUAGAAUAACUCUCACGUAGCACUGUAGUCUACUGCGUGCAUUGUGCUCCUGUGAUCACAUUCUUACUGCUUCAUGGAAUGCUUCGUUCAAGCUCAUAUUUUCACCAGAUAGGCAACUUAAAAAUUGCUGGUUUAUUUAAGUACUCGCAUGGUUUCAUGAAUCCCAGACAAUCUUAGGACACAUGGAUAUCUGCUUUCCAAACUGGCUGAGGUAUUUAAAAAGGAAGAUUCGACUUCCGAUUGCUUAAACGUCAGAAAUCUGGAAGUACAAUGUACAUACACCGUCCAUGACACUACAAGCAUCGGACAGAAAAAUUAUGUAUAAUCAAAUAGCAUCUCGAAAAAUAAUAAAUCCUCACCACUGGUCCAUGGUCAGGCCGAUAUUUUUAUGGCGAUGGAGUCUGAGAGGAGUCCCUAAAUUUUCUGUCGGCAAUACCAGCGCGGCAGCGCCCCGUACGGAAGGUCAUCGGAACGAAUAAGUACCUGCUGGAUUUUCUUGCCUCCUGCUGGGUUCGCUAACUACAUCCAAUCACAGCAACGUCAUCAAGUAUCACGGUACCUUUUACUCUCUGAGGCUGAUAGAUAAUGUCCGCGACAUUUUUAAACGAUUUCCUUGUCGGUCGAACUGAGCAUUAGUUUAGGGUUCCACGCGAACAAUGCAAAUACGAGUGCGUACGCUCCUGCGCUUAGAAUACGAGGACCUUUGUACAUAGUUUGUCUGUUUGCAUUCCACGCACUAGUGAAUGUCUGGCCAUGGUAUUCAUUAAUAAGUUCCUCACAUUGUUUAAGUGCUCUUCAAAAAAGCGCCAAACCUACAUCGGCAAAUGCUGACCCCGAGUAAAACAGCUUGUAGGAAAAACGUUAGUUUAACGUGUAACUACCGUUAGGUGAACGGAUGUGUGUCAAUUUUAGCCGUCUCCUAACGUUUAACUAACGUUUUUUUUGCAAGUUGUUUUACUGGGGGACGGCACUUAUUAGUUACUUAUUUGCAACUUUUCAAUGUGCCACGCACGCAUUAGUCAGUAAACAGUCUCGUACCAUUCUGGCGCAGGCCUUUGCGUAGCAAACGCUAACAUUAUUGCUUUGUUUAUUAUAAGAUAAACACUAUUUCUGUCUGUUUUAAAGUGCGUCAAAUUGUUUACUCAGAAAUUAGCAACAGAAGGGCAAAAAAUGGGCACUGGAUGCGUACCUGUUACAAUUUAAGUACGUUAACUUUACUUUGGGUAAAGUUAACGUACUUAAAUUAUUUAUAUUAAGGAAUAUAUAUAGAUAUAAGGUAUAUAUAUAUAUACGAUUAUAAUACGAAUAACCCAACAAGUACAAAUUCCCGGAUGGAUACCACGGAAAAAGCUUUCCGUGCCGGAGAUAUUGUUGCGGAAUGCGAGCCUUGGGUCUGGACAUUUCAAUGGGGAAAGGAAGACAUAUUUUGUGCUGGUUGUUUCCAAUAUUCUGAUAAUCUGCGGGCCUGCUCCAGAUGUCAUGUACAUCGGUACUGUGGAGUGGAUUGUCAGCGCUGGGACUGGAAGAAGGAACAUCGAUGGGAAUGCGAUAUGUUAAAACGCAUCAGUAUGUACAAGCAGCAAAUACAACCUCAAUCGCUGACCGAGGCUUUGUGCACCACGGAAAUGAUGAUAUUACUCAAAAUCUCCAACAAGCUCCUGAAAAAUUCAGUGGAACAGCUACGAGGAUGGGUUGAUGCGGCAGCUUUCCACGGAAUCCCGCUUCUGGACACUUUUGUCAAGCUACAGUUGCUGGAGAUCACCGGGACGGACGACGUAGAAGUUGCCACACGAGAGAUUAUGUCUUUAUUCGAGCCCGAUAAUGAUGACCAUCUUCCUCAUUCGAGCCUGUCCAAAGUGGCGGCUGAGUUCCGGAAAACCAAAGAGACCCCACAAUUUCGCGGCUUGAUGAAGGCGACGUUUCCCGAAACGCCAGCCAUUGCUCACAGUUCCAGUUUGUUCAGUGUGGAUAUCGCCGACAUCCACGAUCGAAUUGAAUGUCGUAUUCUGACGAUCAUGGACUACGUGUCUCGAUCACGCCCCGUUUGCUUAGGAGCCGGGCUAUUUGCGGGGAUCGAAAGAAACCGUAUCAUAUCGAAUUGCUUGGAUAACAAUGCUGCAAUAGCAUUUCGUGGGAAGCGCUUGCAAAUGUUGGCAAUGGAAGAUAUCCUCAAGUACACUGGAUUACAAGAUGCAAGUCAUCGGAUACGCUUCUUUGGCUUCAACAUACAGUAUAUAGAUAUAAUAUAAUAUACGAGAUUAACAAUAUACAUAUCGAUAACACCAAAUCGCUAAUACGGCGCAUUAUA